CCCUUGCACAAGAUUGAGCCAGUCCUUUUGUUAGUGUUCUUGUAUUGUUUUCUGAUUUCUUCAUUGUUUCUGAUAUACUAAUGUUUAUUAUUAGCAUUACUACUGGAAUACUAGUUGUUUGGUAUUGCUAUAUAAUUGUUAAUUGAUAUUUAGAGGUAUAUGAUGAUUUGCAGCACUGAUAUUUUGAAUGUGUCAUGUUUUUUCCAUUGAUAUUUAGAAUGUCUCAAGUUGAUGGAUCAAAAUUUAUCAUGACUCAUGAACCUAAGAUUUGGAUAUUUGGCAAGUUUAUGCAUAGUUUUAACUUGUUCUUAUAGCUAUUGUUGGAUGAUUAGGUUAGUUUUUAAUGUUAUUAGUGUGUGUUCAUCAUUAUUAGAGUUUUGUAAGUAUCUUUUUUGCAUGUGAGGUGAACUCGAGUUUACGAUUCGAGUUUACCCCCUCCACGAGUUUAUAUUAACACUCUAGUUUGACAACCUUGUAAAGAAGUAUCCAAAAAAUCAGAUACAAAAGUCAUGUUCGUAUCAGGUUUUCAAAGUUAUUCAAAACAGAAGAAAAUAGAGAGGAACUAACCUUGUGCCGAUACUGUGUUUUCCUAGAUAGGAGAAUCAAAACUAGUUGUCUUAGAAACUAGAUUAUAACCUUUAAUUGGGGCAUUGAUAGAUAGAUUGUCCCUGUGUUUCAUGGCAAGCGUCCCUCUAGCCUCUAUUUUUUUGGUUCCUCCAUACUUUCCGCCUGGCAGUCUGCUUUCUACUACAUAGUUGCAGCUUUUGCAAGAAAAAAAUUGUUCAUUUUCCCGAGGGUUUGCUAUUCCAAAAUUAAUUCCUCAAUCCAACCUAAGGCUCUCUCUUGUUUGAUUUCCAUAGUUGUACUUUUAUUUCUCAACCUAGCUCUUCCCUUUGUCUCAUAUGAAACCACUAUAGAUUUUGGAAUUUAUAUGGGUACAUAAAAGGACUGAUAACAAACUGAUAAUCCAAUAUAAAUUUGGUACUUUUGGUGAUUCUGUCAAGCAGUAUUGAAUGUAAAAUGUGAGUUUGAAGUUGUUACGGAUAUGAGCUGGGCUUACCUUUUUCCUGUGUUUCUAAGAAGUUAUGAUUUUGGUUUGCUUGUCAUAUAUGAUGAUUGGAAGCUCCUUUUGUCUUUCUAAGCAAAUUUUAAUUUUUGUAUGGCUGACAAUUUUUUAGGUGUGAAUUAUUCACCUGCUAGUUCUAGUAGCUCCCGAUUCACCUACAGAAAGUUCUACUUCCUCCAUUUUCAUUGCAGUGUUGUUAAAUAUCGGCCAUGGCGUUUUUCUAUGGCGGGUUUUCAACAUACCGCCACAAAAAGUGUGUGGCGGGCCAUGGCAGCCGCCAUGCACAUGGCGGUUGCGGAAAUUCCCCAAAUUGUUUGGGGAAAAUAAACUGUACAAAGGGCCCAUGGAUUUUUAUGGCCCAAGUCCAAAUUUGAGGUUCUAAUCCCCCAAAUUCAGAAUUGGAACCCUAAUUCCACCCAAUCUCACUCAAUAUCUCUCACCUUCACUACUCCCAUAGCUGCUGCCAGACCAUCGGCGACCACCACUCCGGUCUCCGGCCACCGCGUUUCUGCUCCAAUCAAGCUCUCAGGUACCAUUUUUCUUGUCUGUUUCUGAGUCCUCUGUUUUCACUUUACACUACCCUCUCUCAUCUCCCAAAGGCUUGUGUCUUUUCUCUUAAACCCCCGUUCUUCUCCUCUGUUACUGUUUGGUUACAAGUUACAACCCUCAUGUUCUUCUCCUUUGUUUAAAGACUCAAGUCUGUUUUCUUUCCCCUUUUUAGUGCUGGUGCGUGUUCCUCUGUUUUGCAAUGGCAAGGGGAAGUGGUCGACCUUCAUCAAAAGCUGCUGCUCCUUCCUCUUUUUAGGAUGUUCAUAGAGGAAUUGAUCCAAUAUGAUUCUUCUCAAAGACAUUGUGCCUGCAGCUCAGAACAACAUAGACACGAAAUUCAUAGUUUUGGAAAAAGGCAUGACAACAUUAGAAGGGCAGAAUAAGGUGUGCUUGGCGCUUGUAGCUGAUGAGACUGCAGCUGUUCAUUUUCAGCUUUGGGGGGAUGAGUGUGAUGUUUUUGAUUUAGGUGACAUAAUUUGUUUGACCAAUGGCAUCUUUUCCUACCAGCGCAAUAACCUCUUACUAAGGGCAGGCAAGAGAGGGAAGCUAGUGAAGAUAGGAGAGUUUACAAUGUCAUAUGUUGAGACACCAAACAUGAGUGAGAUUCAUUGGAUUCCUGACCCAAAUAAUUCUAGGACGUAUAUUCAGGAGCAUGUUGUAUCUCCCCACUCACGCAUCUUCCCUCCAAAUCCAUAAAUGAAAUUUGCACUUGUCACAACUCUGAUCUACAUCAGAAUUCAGGUUGGACCUAACUCUAUCUUAAAAGCUAGUUCAGCUAAACUACACCUACCUUUGUUUAUGCGCUUUUGUCACAAUGCUUAGGCAAUCUUGUAUAUUGAGGAUCAUUUAGUUUGUUGGUUGUAGUAGCCUUAUUAUUAGUUUAAAGUGUUGUUCCUAUGGGUGACACUGUUAAAAUGCACAGGGUAGUUUACAUGGUUUAAACUCCCUCAUUAUCAAAGUGGCAUAAACAGGGUAAAGCAGUUUCAAAGAAAAACUAGGAAGCCAUUUUAGGAAAUGAAACCCAGGGUAGCAGAGUUCACAAUAUGACAGAUAAAGAAGUUUAUUGUUUAUGGUUCACUAAACUUUGAUGAUAUGCUUAUAAACAUGUAUAAUUAUAAUAAAUAUAGCUUGUUUAACAA